CCGAAACUAAUCCAUGGCGGAAAUUAUAUCAAAGAGGGUAGAGAUUCAGCUAAGAGUAUCUGCUUAAUUUUUUCUCCCAAAGAAGAAGAUGAAAUUGGAUCCUUGGGAAGAUAUCUCCAACUCUUUGCCAAACACAAAGUGAAUCUCUUAUACAUCGAGUCUAGAAGUUCUCUUCGACGACCAAAUGGCUAUGAAUUUAUGGUAGACUGUGCGCCGGGUGGUAACAUAGCUUCUGCCAUUGAAUCUUUACGUGAUCAAUGCAGCUACUUUUCGAUAAUUUCAAGAAAUCACAAAGACAAUAUGGAUACUGUACCGUGGUUUCCGAGGAGAAUACGCGAUCUCGACAAGUUUGCCAAUCAAAUUUUGUCUUACGGUGCUGAACUUGAUAGCGAUCAUCCUGGUUUUACGGAUCCCGUGUACAGAAAAAGAAGAAAAUAUUUUGCAGAUAUUGCUUAUAAUUAUAAGCA